AGUGAGCGCUUACUUCCGUCGGAUAAUACCAAUUUGUUGCUAACGUGUCCCAGAUGAACCGGGGAGGAAGUUUCGCUUGCAAAGAAUAAAAAUGAAAAUGGCGAUGGAUGCGCUUAAUACAGAAUUCGAUAAAUACACAAAAAUAUGGAGCGGUUCAAAGUCGUCGAAAUUCUUCGAUCCAGAUUGUUCGAUCGGCAAAGUGCUAUUCGCAUUUAUGCGCAACAAUCCCGGAAAUAUAUGUCAGCUAUCAGAUACCGAAAACACAGCUCUUACAAAUGGCGAAGCGAUUAGUUUUGGUAUCCGCUUGGCGCAACACUUCAAGGCCAUGGGUCUGAAGCAAGACGAUGUUAUAGGCAUAGCUGGUGGUAAUACAACCUAUUUGCUGCCCUUGGUUUUGGGCUGUUUAUUGAAUUGUACGCCCUUUCAUGCGAUAAGCCCACAUCAUGACGAGUCAACCAUCAAACAUUUAUUCUGCAUUAGUCGUCCGCGUUUGAUUUUCUGCGAUGGCGGCAUUUACGACCGUGUCAGUGUUAUAAGUAAAAUACUGAAGGCCAAUGUUUAUACGCUGAAGGAACAUCGUAAGGAUUUGCCGAGAAUUGAAGAUUUGCUCGAACCCACAAAGGGUGAAAUGUUUUAUGUCCCGGAAACUCUUAAGAUCGGCGGAGAUCAAACUGUGGCCAUAUUAUGCUCAUCUGGCACCACNUUUUAUUGCUUCCGCUAAUUUAUUAACCAAUCCCGCCUUCUUCCUUUACCCCACAGCUUUGUCUCCAGCAGAGAUGUUUUGCUCUCGUUUAGCACAAUUGACUGGUCCACUGGCCUAUUUAAUAUGAUCUUCAGUUGCGGUCACGGCGCUACGCGCAUUAUAGUCGACAAACCCUACACACCGGAGUAUCUGCUGCAGCUCAUCGACAAGUACAAAGUCACUAUUUUAACGCUAGCGCCACGUCACGUUGCCACACUCGUCAAGUCACCACUUCUAGCCAAGGAAAAAUUGUCCAGCGUACGCUUCCUCAGCAUUGGUGGCGGCAAUUGUUACGUGCCGACGUUGUUGAAGAUGCAAGAAUACCUAACGAACGGUUACAUAUCCUACGGUUACGCGCUCACCGAAUGCGGUGGUGUAUCAGCCAAUUUGGGCAUCACAAAGCCAAGCUCGGUGGGCAAACUGGUGCCGGGUGUGAAGGUGAAAAUACUCGACGACGCUGGACGCAGUUUAGGUCACAAUGAAACUGGCGAAAUACUCGUGCAUAACAACAAAGUCUGGAAUGGUUAUUAUGGCAAUCCGAAUGAGACGAAACGCAUGCAAGACUAUCAGGGUUGGUUCCACACCGGCGAUCUGGGUUACUUCGACAACGAAAACUAUCUGUAUGUAUUGGAUAGAAAAAAGGAUAUACUCAAAUUCCAUGGCAUGCAAUAUUGUCCACACGAAAUUGAGCAAGUGGUUGCCGAGUUGCCAGAUGUGGUGGAGGUGUGUGUUUUCGGGCUGUGGAAUGAGGUGGAUGGCGAUGCUGCGGCAGCGGCGGUGGUCAAGAUUCCGGGUAGUAAGCUGUUGGAACAGGAUAUUGUUGAGUAUGUGGCCAAACGGCUGGUGGUGAUGCACAAGCAAUUGCAUUGUGGUGUCUUCUUCUUGGACGAGCUGCCAAAAACGGGAAGCGGUAAGAUAUUAAGGAAUCAGGCGCGCGAUUUGGCGUUGGGCAAGAAGUGGGAGGUGCCCAAGAAUGGUCACGCUUGAGUGUUGUGGCUGGUAAAGAAAGGAAAUAGCGGUACUUAUUCUUGAUAUUUACAUUUUUAUCAAUGAGUUAGGUAGAAGUUUGCCU